UUGUCGCUGCUGCUCUAUAAAAAUAGAUCGCCGCUUUUAAAUGAAUCGCAGAUGCUCCUGUGUUUUCUAGCUUGGAUUGCAGUCAGUCUCUUUGUUCUUGGUGAUUCGCUGCUCGAUUUACCUCGGUAUCAUCUCUACCCAGUCUCUACCGACCCAGAUAAAACUUCAGAACUUGACGCUGCACAGCAUUCGCGCCACCAGAAAAUGCAUUGCCAUAUGGAUGAGCAAUAACAUCACCAUAAAAUUCAGUUCACCAAAGUAUAAGGUGGUAAAUCGGUCUUGUUGGAACUCCCACUAUUCGUUUGACGUGAAAUAAGGAAGAAGCAAAAUGCGCAUAAGGGUGAACCAAUGUUGUUGCAGUUGCUGCACCCUACAAACCGGUGCCAAACUAAUUGGUUGUCUUCAAUUGGUAUGUGGGAUUGCACAAAUUAUUUUCGAUGUGGUGAUGAUCUUGAGUGAUAGCAGUACACUUGUUACCUAUUGCCUUACUGGUGGGAUAAUCGGUUUGGUCUUCAUGAUCUCAGUCACCAUCCCAAUUCUGAUUGCAGCCUCGAAAAAUAGCAGGCCGGGUCUACUUUUACCUUGGCUCAUUUUCAACUUCGUAACAAUAGUUCUAGGGAUUGGCUUAGGACUAUUCGCGUCCAUUUUCUUAAUGCAAAAACAAAUUAUUCAAGUCGAAGGUGGAAGCGUUUCCAUUGCCGUCACUCUCCUCGGAUCUGCACUUCACAUCUACUUCUGGCUGGUCAUCUACAGCUACUAUAAACAACUGAAAGAACAGCUACCGCCGACAACUGGACAAAAUAAAUAUUCCCAAUUGGAUUCCAGUGACAAAGUUUAGUACAAAGUUGUAUGCCCACUGCCUGUGUUUAAUUCCAACUGUUUUGUAGUGGUUGUCAUGUUUAUAUACCAUGACGUUAUAAUCUUUUGGAAGUUCCAAUACAAAAAAGUGAAGCAUGG